CCGCCGCCGCCCGCCCGCCGCCAUGUUCUCCCUGCUCGCCAGCGACAAGCAGCCGCCCCCCAGGCUCGCCGAGGCUGCCAUGUCCAAAAUCUCAACCAUUUCCGCCGCCCACCUGUCCCGCCUCGAGAGCCUCCCCAAGGCCCAGCGCUAUGCCAUCGUCGGCGCCGCCUCGGUCGGAGGCCUCGCGCUGCUCUGGGCACUGACUGCAUCGUCAAAGCCUGCCAGACGCCCGCCGCUGCUCUCCCCCCGCCACUCUCUGCUGCCCGACAUCGCGCCCGAGGAUGCUGCUGAACUGCCCUACCAUCCAGCCGCCCUGCCAGGCGCCCGCGACGUCGCCUCGCCCUUUGGUUCCAUCCGCGUCUACGAAUUCGGCCCAAGAGAGGGCGAAAAGGUCCUCCUGAUCCACGGCAUUUCGACACCCAGCAUUGCCCUGACUGACCUCGCGCACAAGCUGGUCGGCAGGGGACGACGUGUCAUGCUCUUUGACCUCUUUGGCCGUGGAUAUUCCGAUGGCCCUUCCCCUGACACCACAGACUAUGACGCCACCCUCUACACCACCCAGCUCAUGCUGGCCCUGCAGUCGUCACCCCUGCAUUGGUCAAACUUUACCAUUGUCGGCUACUCCCUGGGUGGCGCCAUCGCCGUAGACUUUACAUCCUACUUUCCCCACCUGGUCAAGGGGCUCGUGCUUGUCGCCCCGGGCGGUCUGAUCCGCAAAUCUCAUAUUUCCGUGUCGAGCAAAAUGCUGUACAGCAGCUCCUGGAUGCCCGAAUGGAUGGUCCGCAAGUUGGUUGCAAGCAAGCUAUGGACAGGCGCAAAGAAGGUGGAGAGCGAUCCCGAAGCCAUUGAAAAUGCAGAGACUAGCACAACCGUGAGCGAGGGCGACAAAACAUACGUCUCCAGCAACCGCAUGCUCUUGCCCGGAAACCCGCACAGCACCGUCUCGUCUGUGGUAGAUUGGCAGAUUAAGCACCACAAGGGUUUCGUCCCUGCCUUCAUAUCUACCAUCCGCAAUGCCCCUAUUCACAACCAGCACGACCGCUGGAACGUCAUCCGCGACAACAUUGAAUCGCGCGCCGGCCCCUUGAGGGAAGUCUGGCUAGUCCUUGGCGAAACAGACCCCAUUAUUGUUGCAAACGAGAUUACCGAGGACGCAAGAGCAGCUCUCGGCGAGGAGAAUGUCAAGGUCAAGGUGCUAGAUGGUGUAGGCCAUGAAGUUGCUAUUGAGAGGGCCGACGACAUUGUCCGCGUGGUACGAAGAAUCGACGGCAGAAGCGAGAUGAGGGAGGAGGAGAGGCUAGAGAGAUAUGAGCGGCCCGAGAGACCCGAGAGGCCUGAAAGAACCGAGCGGCCUGAAAGACCUGAGAAGGCCGAGAAGCCUGAAAAGAGUGAGAAGAGCGAGAAGAGCGAGAAGAAGGAAAAGAAAGAAAAGAGUCGAAGAAAGCAUGGGAGCUCUCACGCCAGCUCCAGCACAAAGUAAACACGAGCAUGCGUUGAUCCGAGGCCCUCACACAUUACGAAGGAAAUGAAUAUACCAGUCCUGAAUCGCGGAUACGCCCAAGAAUGAAACGACGCAUACAUAUAACAAGAAAA